GACGGAAGUGCUUCUCCGGUAAUCUUUUCUAUUGACCGUCAUGUCGGUUCAAGAGUUACAAGAGCAUUUCCGCGCGAACUGUAAAACCCGAGAGUUCCCGGCACACAGUGCCAAAGUGCACUCGGUGGCCUGGAGCUGUGAUGGCCGGCGCCUGGCAUCGGGGUCCUUUGACAAGACGGCAAGUGUGUUUUUACUGGAGAAGGAUCGGCUGGUAAAGGAAAAUAACUACCGUGGGCACAGUGACAGUGUUGACCAGCUUUGCUGGCAUCCCACCAAUCCAGAUCUCUUUGUUACAGCAUCUGGAGACAAGACAAUACGUAUUUGGGAUGUGAGAAAUGCAAAAUGUAUAGCCACUGUCAGCACGAAGGGAGAAAAUAUAAACAUUUGCUGGAGCCCAGACGGUCAGACUAUUGCCGUGGGAAACAAAGAUGAUAUGGUGACCUUCAUAGAUGCCAAGUCUUAUCGUUGCAGAGCAGAAGAGCAGUUCAAGUUUGAAGUGAAUGAAAUUUCCUGGAACAAUGACAACAAUAUGUUUUUUCUAACAAAUGGGAAUGGCUGCAUCAACAUCCUGAGUUACCCAGAGCUGAAGCCUGUACAGUCAAUCAACGCUCACCCUUCCAAUUGCAUCUGUAUAAAAUUUGAUCCGACUGGGAAAUACUUUGCCACAGGUAGUGCAGAUGCUCUGGUCAGCCUCUGGGAUGUAGAGGAGCUUGUGUGUGUGCGCUGCUUCUCAAGAUUAGACUGGCCUGUCAGGACAUUAAGCUUCAGUUAUGAUGGAAAGAUGCUUGCAUCUGCAUCCGAAGACCAUUUUAUUGACAUUGCACGUGUAGAGACAGGUGAGAAGCUUUGUGAAGUUCAGUGUGAGUCUCCUACCUUCACUGUAGCCUGGCACCCUAAACGAUAUCUCCUUGCUUUUGCCUGUGAUGAUAAGGAUGGAAAAUAUGACAACAGUCGGGAAGCUGGUACUGUAAAGUUAUUUGGUCUUCCAAAUGACGGCUAAUAUGGACAUUGAGGUUGGACACCUGCAAAUAGAAUCUGCAAAAGAUACAUUGAGAAAAAUCAUCCUUAGAGACCAGUAGACCAUCUGGAAGCACAGUAGACCAUGGGAGGCUAUCACAGCCAUACUUCAUAAAACAGCUGUGGUAUUUAGGACAUGGCUAUUAAAAGAAAAAAAAGUAGAGGUUUGUUGUACUUCUAGAUGACACCCUUCUACUUGUCAUCAAUGGUGAUUGUUUUGUUUUUGUUUUGGGAAACAUUUUUAUUUUUAAUAAAUAUUUUGUAAUAAA